CACCAACCGGGCGGCCGACAGCCACCUCCUCCGCCUCCUGGUGGGCUCUCUGCAGAAGGAACCAGUGAGGCCUCUUCGUGGGCACCCUUGGGACCCCUUUAUCUAUACUGUGUCCUGCUGUGUCUCCUCUGCUCAGACUCUGAAUUAGGGUGCCCCACCCUGCCUCUCCCCUCUGUGGCUGCCGCUGGAGACCCCGCUAGAGGAGAGUGUGAGGAGUCCCCAGGGCCCAGAGUGGAGCGUUUCCCCUGCCUCCCACCGGCUGACGUGGCGUGGGAGCACCUGAGUGUGCAGCGCCAGGCAUCACCGGGAUGAGGCCCCUGAUCCUGUUUGCUGCUGUCCUCUGGCUCCAGGGUUUUUUGGCCGAGGAAGGUGCACGCCUCUCCCUGGAAAGGUGCCCAGACGGGGAAGGUGGAGGUCCAUCCCUAAGCGUGAACGUCAGCAGCCAGGGCAGGCCUGCCAUCCUCCUCCUGAGCUGGGCAGAGGCACAAUCAGGUGAGCUUGGCCAUGCUCUCCGCCUCACGCAUCUGAGCUCACUUGGCUCCCCAGUCGGGCAGCAGCUCCAGGCCCACACGAGUGAUUCCAGCUUCGAGUUCCAGAACCUGGUGCCAGGGAGUCUCUGCCAGCUGCAAGUGACUUCCCUGCAAUCCUGUGGGCAGAAUGUCACCGUUACCCUCACUGCCCGCAUGGCCCCAUCUGCUGUCCACGGAUUGCAGCUCCACAGCUCCGGGAGCGCAGCCAGCCUGGAGGCCUCAUGGGGUGAUGCCCCUGGGGAGAAGGACAGCUACCAGCUGCUCCUCUACCACCGAGGAUCCCAAACGCAGGCACAUAACAUCUCUGUGUCCCCAGACAUCCUGUCCUAUAAUUUAGGCAACCUCUUGCCAGGUGCCAUUUAUGUUUUAGAGGUUACUACCUGGUCUGGUGGUCUCCAGGCGAAGACCAGCAUCCACCAGUGUACAGAUCCUGUGCCUCCAGAUCACCUGGUGCUGCAUGCUCUGGGCACCAAUGCCCUGUAAGCCUCCUGGAACAGCUCUGAGGAGGCCACCUGGCUCCACCUGGUCCUCACAGACCUGCUGGGUGGCUCUAACCUGACUGCAGUCAUCAAACGAGGAGUAUUGAAUCAUACCUUCCUCAACCUGUCCCGAGGGACCCGCUACGAGGCCACGGGGCCCAGUGCCACGGAGUGGACCUAUCCCUCUGCCCCACUGGACCUGGUGCUGACUCCCGUGCCUCCCAGACUCUGGGCAAGCUGGAAGGCAGGGCCAGGAGCCCGAGAGGGCUACGUGCUGAAGUUAAGUGGGCCUAUAGAGAAGAAUGCCGCUCUGGGCCCUGAGGCCUGUGAUGCCACAUUCCCAGGGCCCCUGCCCUCUGGACACUAUGGUCUGGAGCUGGAGGUUCUGGCCGGGCCCUAUGAUGCCUGCACUCAGGCCAGUGCCUGGCUGGAUGAUUCUGCGGCCCAACCUAGGUAGAGCCCUGGUGCCAAGCUGGAGCUGGACGGACUGGAGGCCACCAGGGAGCCUGGGAGGUGGGCACUGCUCUAUGCCGAUGGUGACUCAGGCCUCCUGGGAAACAUCUCCAUGCCCUCUGGUACCAAUCACAUCACCUUCUUUGGGCUGGUGCCCGGGGCCCGCUACCGGGUGGACAUUGCUUCAUCUCUGGGCAUCGUCACCCAGAGCAUCACAGGCCACACACGUCCUCUGGCGCCACAGUCCCUGGAGGUCACCAGCAGGGCCAGCCUGUCUGGUCUGACCAUUGGCUGGGCCCCAGCACCAGGGCAACAGAAAGGCUGCAUAGUCACCUGGCACCAGGAAGGCAGCCAGAAGGGCCUGGGCAGCCGUGUUGACUUGGGCCCAGACAAUUCCAGCGUGGCUCUGAGGGACUUGGUGCCUGGCUCCUGCUACCGUGUGUCUGUGUGGGCCUGGGCAGGGAACCUCAGCUCCAGCAUCCAGGGAACCCGCGCCUGUACCUCCCCUGCCCCACCCGCCAAUUUGAGCCUGGUUGCUGUCAAGCCUCCUGUGCUGAGGGCUUCCUGGAGUCUCCCACCAGGUGGCAGGGAUGGUUUCCGGCUGAGGCUCUAUAGCCAACCCCUGGCUCUGGACAGUGAGGAGACCUUGGGCCCAGAGUCCCAGAACUUCUCCUGGGCCCAGCUGCCCAGGGGCUCCAAGUUCCUGGUGUGGCUGGCUGCCCUGCAGGGACUGGAGGAGAACAGCAGCGCCAACGCCGCAGGCUGGACACCCCCACUCGCCCCUCCUCUGGUGAAUGUGACCAAUGAAGGCCCCACCCAGAUCCGGGCAUCCUGGACUCAUGCUUCUGGGGCCCGGGACAGCUACCAAGUGACCCUGUACCAGGCAGGUGCCCAGGUGGCCAUGGGCACCGUGGGAGCAGAGGUGAACAGCACAAGCUUUUCCAUGCUGACUCCAGGCACUGAGUAUGAGGUGGAGGUUGGCGUGUGGGCUGGGCCCCUUCGCACCCGAGCAGCCAAUGUUUCUGGCUGGACCACCCCCUGCAUGCCCUACGAGGUAUUGGUGUCCAUGCAGGCGGACAAUGCUGUGGUCAGCCUGGCCUGGGCCAGUGGCCCCUUCGGGCAGGGUGUGUGCCAUGCCCGGCUCUUGGAGUCUGAGCAGCUGUCAUGGGAGCAGGCCCUGGAGCUGGGCCAAGCCCGCCUCAUGCUGAGGGGUCUCCCGCCGGGCUGCAGUCUCUCUCUGCUGGUGCUGUGCUGGGCAGGGCCGCUCCAGGCUUCUACCCACCCCGUGGUGCUGCCUGUCGAGCCUGGCCCCGUGGAGGAUGUGCGGUGCCAGCCCGAUGCCACCCACUUAGCCUUGGAUUGGACAAAGCCUGCAGGGGACGUGGCCGCCUGCCUGGUGGUGGUGGAGCAGCUGGCAGCAGGAGGGGAUGCUCACCUCAUGUUCCAGGCCAACACCUCCGAGGAUGCUCUCACAUUGUCCAGGCUGGCGCCUGCCACGUCCUACCACCUCAGCCUCACGGUGCUGGGCAGGAAUGGUCUGUGGAGCCGGACAGUCACCCUGCUGUACACUACUUCUGCGGAGGCCUGGCACCCCCCGGAGUUGGCUGCAGCCCCCCAGCUGGCGGAGCCCGAGGUGGGAUGGGGGUGGUGAUCACGGGGCAUGUUUGGCAAGGACGACGGGCAGAUCCAGUGCUACGGGGUCAUUGCCACUACCAACAUGUCAUGGGUGCGGCCUUCCCGGGAGGCCAUCAGCCACACGUGGUAUGACCUGCUUGGAGGACAUGACUCCUACCUGGCCAUCCUGCUUCCCAACCCCUUCUGUCCAGGGCCCUGGAUGGUGCCAAGAUCCUGGACAGUGCCUGUGGGCACAGAGGACUGUGGCCUCACUCAGGAGCUAUGUAACGGGCAGCUGAAACCAGGUUCCCAGGAUAGGGAGGGAGCCAGUCUAAGAGUCCUGUUCAGUGUCGCCGCCUUUACCAGGCCCAGCGCCCCCGACACCGUCAUCUCCUUCUCAGCCUUCUCAGAGCCCAGGGCCAGUGCCCCCCUUGCAGCGGUGCCCCUGCCAGCCGUGGUGGUCAUCAUGGUGGGCUGCGCUCUCACUGUCUGUGCCGUGCCGGGCCUACUGGGCUGGCAGCAGGUGAAGGGACAGAGCAGGCCGAAGGACAGCUCCUCCCCCGAGCUGACAUCUCCUGGCCUGCGGUGGACCCACCGGCCCAUCCCCACGCACAGCUUCCGGCAGAGCUUUGAGGCGAGUGCGCACGCACACCAGGCUUGCUUUCAAGAGUUUGAGGAACUGAAGGAGGUGGGCAGGGAGCAGCCCGGACUGGAGGCCAAGCACCCUGCCAAUAGCACUAAAAACCGUUACCCACAUGUGCUGCCCUAUGACCACUCCAGGGUCAGGCUGGCCCAGCUGGAGGGAAAGCCCCAUUCCGACUACAUCAAUGCCAGCUUCAUCCCAGGCUACACUCACCCACGAGAGUACAUUGCCACCCAGGGUCCUCUCAAGAAGAUACUGGAAUACUUCUGGCGGCUGGUGUGGGAGCAGCAGGUCCACACCAUCGUCAUGUUGACCGUGGGCAUGGAGAACGGGAGGGUGCUGUGUGAGCCUUACUGGCCGGCCUGCACCACCCCCGUCACCCUCGGCCGCAUCACCAUCCACCUCCUGGCUGAGGAGCCCGGGGAGGAGUGGACCGAGAAGGAAUUCCGGCUGCAGCACGAUGCCCAGCACAAACAGCGGAGGGUGAGGCAGCUGCAGUUCACCACCUGGCCCGACCACAGUGUCCCCGAGGGCCCUGGCUCCCUGCUCACCUUUGUGGAGCUCGUACGGGAGCAGCUCCGCAGGGGCUGUCCCUGCAGCGCGGGUGUUGGCCGGACAGGCACCUUUGUGGCCCUUUUGAGGCUGCUGCAGCAGCUGGAGGAGGAGCAGGUGGUGGAUGUGUUCAACGCAGCAUACGCGCUCCGGCUGCACCGGCCCUUCAUGAUCCAGAUCCCGAGCCAGUACAUCUUCCUGCACAGCUGCAUCCUCAGCAGGAUUCUGCAAGGGCCCUUUGGCACCUCUGAGACCGGACCCAUCUCUGUGGCAAAUUUUGCACAGGCGUGUGCCAAGAGGGCAGCCAAUGCCAAUGCUGGCUUCCUGAAGGAGUACGAGCUCCUGCUGCAGGCUAUCAAGAACGAGGCUGACUCUUCAUCGCCCCCUCCUGGCUAUGAGCAGGACAGCACUGUCUCCUGCGCUCACUCUCGGCUCCAGUUUUCUCCCACGGGAGAGGGCUCCGCUGAUGAUGUCCCAGAAGCCUGGCUCUUCCCUCUGUGCUCUGCAGGGGGGCCUUUGGGUCGUGACCACGUGGUGCUAAUGGGGCCCGUGGGGCCAGAGGAGCUUUGGGAGCUGGUGUGGGAGCAUGGCGCCCAUGUGCUGGCCGCCUUGAGUCUGCCCGAUACCCAGGAGCCACAGGCGUUCUGGCCAACAGAGUCACGGCCCAUCAUCACAGGCACGGUGACAGCAGACUGGGUGGUGGACAGCAGCGCUGCCAGCUGGCCCUGUACUCUCUUCAGGGUCACACAUGGAGAGAGUGGGACUGAGAGGCUGGUGCAGCGGCUGCAGUUCCUACGCCAGGAGCAUGGGCAUGAGCUGUCUGCUACCUACCUGCUGCCUUUCUUGGCUGCCGUGGGCCCGUGCUGCUUCCGGGGCAGAAGCAGGAAGCCUGGUACACUGCUCAGCUACUGCAGCAAGGGUGCGGCCCAGCUGGGCACAUUCCUGGCCGUGGAGCAGCUGCUGCAGCAGGCAGGGACUGAGCAGACAGUGGAUGUCUUUAAAGCAGCCCUGCAGCAGUCACAGGCCUGUGCCCUCAUGAUCCCCACGCUGGAGCAGUAUAUCUACCUCUAUGACUGUCUGAACAGCGCAUUGGUGGAUGGGCUGCCCUGAGACCAGAAGCAGCCUGUGCCCUGCCACGCCUGCCCCAGCAAGUCCCAGGGGGCCUGCCUUCCCGAAGGCAGCCUCUACCGGGUACUGUGGUGUGAAGGGCCAGAGGCAGGGAAUAAAGAUGUGGUCAGG